CAAUAAUAAGGCUCCUGAGAACCAAGGCCAGAUCAACGUGCCUUAGCAACAGCAGGAAGGAGAGCUGAGAAGUCCAUCACCUGCUUGGUUGGCUAAAAUGACCUGUGAUACAAGGAAGGAAACUUCCUGCUAAGUUUGCCUAAACUGUGCCUAACCCUGAAACUGCAACUUAUUAAUGAACUUUAACUACUGGAAAGCUGUUAAAACCUUAUGCAAAACCAUGGCAAAACCCAAAGUGAAAGAAAGCAUAGAGUGGAACAGGACUCAUUUGAUCAGCUCAGGAUUGUAACUAUAACUGCAAAAGAGACAUCUAAUCGCCUGAAAGGUGAUCACAGAGACAGACAGCAGUAAUUGCUUGAGUAAGUUACUCAGUAACUAUUGAGAUGGAACUGCAGAAGAGAAUCGUGGAUGGGGAAUUGGAAGAUUUAUUCUGUGAAUUUAAAGCGGUGUCUUCCAGAUAAAGAAGCUGUGAAAGACCCAUGGAACUUUAGAAUGUGGGAUAUCGAACAGAAAUAUUUCGUCUUUGAGAACAAUGACCUGAUAGCAACCCCACUGGAUUCUAGGACACCAGAGCAGUUGAUGGCUGUGGUCCCCAAUGACAACUUAGAUUUUAAAAACCGACCCAUCUUUAUGGGACUCACUGGUAAAACCAAGGCCUUGAGCUGUCUGAAGUCAACUACUGGUGAGCCUCAGCUAGUGAUAUUGGAAAACAACAUCAUGGAUUUUUACAGUGACACUAAGGAAUUCAAGAAUUUUUCUUUCUAUGUUUUCACUAGAGGCAGUAAAUCAACUUGCUGCUUUGAAUCUGCAGCAUUCCCUGGUUGGUUCUUAAGUACCUCAAUUCACCCAAACAUGCUGGUUGGUCUUUGUAAGCUAGGAGGUCCUGAGAUCAUUUUAUUUCAUUUUGAAAAAGUUGCUUCCACUCCAAAGUAAAAUUUUUAAGAAAAACGAAUAAAGAGGAAGGCAGUAGUGCAGGCCUAGGUUGCCAGUGUAUUUUGUAUGUAGUAGAAUGAAGCUUUAGUCAUGAUAAAGUAAGCAAUAGUAAUGAUUUGAUUAAAAAUGAAAUAUCUAGUUGUGAGUAAAGUCAGAAUUGCCCUCUUAGUGUUGUUUUAUUUCUGGCCUCCAAGGAGCAUGGAAGACGUAACCUGGCAGUGCUGAUGGAAGAGGUGAAGCUAAAGUUGAUUUCUUGUCUGUAACGCAACCUGGAUGUGUUUAGUUUUGAUUCAAUAAGAACAGAAACAAAAAUAAAAACUGAAAUAAAAACCA